AUGCUUCGACAAGCAGGAUCUAGAUUUAUCAGAGCUCCUGUUUGCGGCUACCGCCCAUUCUUUUGUAGUAAACGUGGCUAUGCGGAAAAAGCAGCUCCCACUGAAGUUCCUUCUAUCUUGGAGGAACGUAUCCGUGGUGCUUAUAACCAAUCACAAAUGAUGGAAUCUGGACGUGUCUUGUCCAUUGGUGAUGGUAUUGCUCGUGUAUCUGGUCUUUCCAACGUACAAGCUGAAGAGUUGAUUGAGUUCUCUUCCGGUGUCAAGGGUAUGGCCCUAAACUUGGAAGCCGACACUGUUGGUUGUGUACUUUUUGGUAACGACCGUCUCGUCCGUGAGGGUGAUGUUGUCAAGCGUACUACCAACAUUGUCGAUGUUCCUGUCGGUGAGGCCUUGCUUGGCCGUGUCAUUGAUGCUUUGGGUAACCCCAUUGAUGGCAAGGGCCCUAUUAAAACUACUGAACGUCGUCGUGCUCAAUUGAAGGCACCUGGUAUUUUGCCCAGAACCUCCGUUUGUGAGCCUAUGCAAACUGGUAUGAAGGCUAUUGACUCUAUGGUUCCUAUCGGUAGAGGUCAACGUGAGUUGAUUAUUGGUGACCGUCAAACCGGUAAGACUGCUAUCGCUAUGGAUGCUAUUCUUAACCAUAAGCGCUGGAACAGCGGCAGUGACGAAAGCAAGAAGCUUUACUGUGUCUAUGUUGCCGUUGGCCAAAAGCGUUCUACUGUUGCUCAACUGGUCCAAAAGUUAGAACAAAAUGAUGCUCUUAAGUACUCUGUUGUUGUCGCUGCUACUGCUUCUGAAAGUGCCCCCUUGCAAUACUUGGCUCCCUUCACUGGUUGUGCUAUCGGUGAAUGGUUCCGUGAUAAUGGAAAGCAUGGUUUGGUUACCUACGACGAUCUUACCAAGCAAGCUGUUGCCUACCGUCAAAUGUCUCUUCUUUUGCGUCGUCCCCCUGGCCGUGAAGCUUUCCCUGGUGAUGUUUUCUAUCUUCACUCUCGUCUUCUCGAACGUUCUGCCAAGAUGAGCAAUGAACACGGUGGUGGUUCCUUGACUGCUUUGCCCGUCAUUGAAACUCAAGGUGGUGAUGUUUCCGCUUACAUUCCUACUAACGUCAUUUCCAUUACUGACGGUCAAAUUUUCUUGGAAUCUGAACUCUUCUAUAAGGGUAUCCGUCCCGCCAUUAACGUAGGUUUGUCUGUCUCUCGUGUCGGUUCCGCUGCUCAAGUUAAGGCUAUGAAGCAAGUUGCUGGUCAAAUUAAGCUUUUCCUUGCCCAAUACCGUGAAGUUGCUUCUUUCGCCCAAUUCGGUUCUGAUUUGGAUGCUGGUACCCGUGCCACUUUGGAAAGAGGUCUUCGUUUGACUGAAUUGCUUAAGCAGCCUCAAUACUCUCCUUUGGGUGUUGAAGAACAAGUUCCUCUUAUUUACGCUGGUGUCAAGGGUUUCCUUGACAAGAUUCCCGUUACUCGCGUUGUUGAAUUCGAACAGAAGUUCCUUCCCUUCUUGAGAUCCAGUGGUUCUGAAGUUACUGACGCCAUCCGUACUGAGGGUGUCCUUAGUCCUGCCACUGAAGAGAAGUUGAAGGGUUUCCUUAACGAAUUCUUGUCUUCUUUCUAA